UCUGUGCCAGACCCUGCCCAAUCCGCCGCGCAUCCGGGGACGGCGCGGAGCUGUUGGGCGUGAGGCCCCUCCCUUCCCCCCGGGCCGCCUUCUGUGGCGGCGGGCAAGGGGCUGGGAGGGCUGGCGUCGCCAUGCGAUUUCGGGCUAAGAUCGUGGAUCUUGCCUGCCUCAACCACUUCAGCCGUGAGUAUGUCGGGGCAGGCUCAAGGGCGGCAGUGCCUCUGUGAGCGGCUGGGGCCGGCUUUCUCGGACAAAGAAAAGAGGAAGGGAGAAACUGGGGUGCAUGGAGUGAUCACCGCUGUAACAUCCUCCUCCCUCCCUCCGGCAGGUAUAAUUAACACAAUCGUCAAGUUAGCCAAGACCUGCAUCCUGCGUCUUACUGUCUGCAAGCUGUAUUUCAUCCUCUCCGAUAAAGUAGCAAAUGGAGGCGCCAGUAUGUGGUGUGAGCUGAGCCAGGGGAAUUUCUUCGAUGAAUUUCAGAUGGAAGGAGUAGCUGCAGAGCACAAUGAAAUCUAUUUAGAGUUUGUGCCUGAGAACCUAUGGAGAGCAUUAAAAACUGCCCAGAGUGCUAAGGCAGUGAAGAUCAAGUUGACUAAUAAACACUGUCCCUGUCUCAGAGUUGCUGUGGAGCUACCAUCCUUAUCAAGCUGCAGUAGGAUUGUGACACAUGACAUUCCUGUGGGAGUUAUUCCCAGAAGAAUGUGGAAUGACUUCAGAGAGCCCAGCAUGCCAGACUUUGAUGUCAGUAUUUACCUACCAGUGCUGAAAACAAUGAAGAGUGUUGUGGAAAGAAUGAAGAAUCUCAGCAAUUUCAUUGUGAUUGAAGCAAACUUGAGUGGUGAAAUGAACUUGAAAAUAGAAACAGACUUAGUAUCUGUAACAACACAUUUUAAAGACCUGGGAAAUCCUCCCUGGGCAUCAGAGGACGGAUGUCAAAGUUCUGGUCAAGGUAGAGAUCUCGAAAGUAUGGCUGAAGCAUGCAUAGACAUCAAGAAGCUGCAGCAGCUGCUUGCUGGACAGCAAGUCAAUCCUACAAAAGCAUUGUGCAAUAUUGUACAUAAGAGAAUUGUCCACUUCAUCUUGCUCCAUGAGGAGGUUUCACUUCAGUAUUUUAUUCCAGCAAUUGCCUGAGUGUUUUGGAAUCUUGGUAAUUUUCCAGCCUGAGGCCUCUUUCAUGAAGUCUGAAAUCUUUCGUGAAUUGCUGGAUUAUUCUGAUGUGAGACACUGUUAGAUGCAGCCAUCAGAUGGACAUUAUUUCAAUAUUUAUGGAAAUGUUCAAAAUUCCUCCUCGUCCAGACAGCCAUUUUUUGCGAAUAGUUAUAUGCUAUGAAAGACACAAUGCUGGGGAGCAUUGGUAUAUCUUACUCUUAGGAGGAGCAAAACAGAAAUUUGUCUUAGCCACAGUUCAAAACAUUCCAAAAGCACACUGAAUUAAAUACUUCAGUCUUCUCAAAAAACUAAAGGUAGAAUUCACCUCUGGAGCUGCUGUUGUGUGUAUUCAGUAUUGAGCAAUGCAAUCCAAGUUAAGGGAUCUCUGAGCAAGCUGUAAUACCUCCAUGAAACAGGAGAGCCUUCUGGAGGGGUGCCUGAUUGGUAUUUGUCUGGUCAAGUAUGCACAACCCUCCUGAAGUUGUAUGGAAUUGAAUUCUGUUCCAGUAGGAAUCUUUUGAUUACACUUGCUCCAACAUAUCUCAGUAGCUCUGUUCAUGCUUACUCUUUGUUUAACUCUUGGCCUGGGAGGAUGAGCAAAACAGUCUGAAUUACUUUGUUAAUGUGGGCAGUGAAAAUCAUUAUGUACGGAAUGAAUAUCAUAUGAGGAUGUGCGAGCACAGCAAUUGGUGUGAAAUAAAGAAAAAGUUAUCCAUGGA